CCGGAUAAACUCGAUAGAUGAGGAAUUCAAAUCCUACUAGGCGGGGACAUGCCGCACUCAUUUCCUGAACCUUUCUGCUCAACUUUCUACCUUCUUCCCAUUCUUGUAUGAUCGUGGGUGAAAGCAAUGAAUUAAAAUAUGGUGUCCUAAUUCAAAGUUUGGAGACAUGGUUUUCCGAAAGGAGUCGUCGCGCUUUCUUAUUUAUCAUGUUCUCUUCUUCGUUUUCUGUGCCAUUGGGUGGGCAGCUGGUGAUACCAUCAAGAAACCCGAUCCUCUUCUGGUAGAACCGAGUCAAACAUUGUAAAUAUCCUCCCCGAUACUCAAAUAUACAUAACAUCACAGAAGAACUAACACUUCCCCAAAGCGAAGGAAACGACGGACCAUGGAGCACCUUCAACGCUCGCAUUGGCUCGCCCCCUCAACCAGUCCGUCUCCUAGUGUCUACGGCAUCGGCUCAAACAAUGGUUGUACUCUCUCAAGGUUGCGACGUGAAUGUUGUCGGAACAUCUGGACCACCAGCAUGUGCACAAUUUCGUGGUCAGAUGUUUAAUCCUAAUACUUCGACGACUUGGAAUGAGCAGAGUACGUUCGCGAUUAAUACUAAUGGGAUUGGAUUUGAGGCGAAUUUAGGUUAUAAACAGGUUGCUUUGUUUGGAUUGGAGAGUUUGGGACUUGGAUUGACGGGAAGUACGUUGGCAAAUAUGACGGUUGCGGGGUAUUUGAAUGCUAGACCUUUUUAUAUGUGGGUUUUUCUUUUCUUUUUUCUGUUUUCUAGAGGGAGGCAGGGAAAGACAAAGCAGGCAGAAAAACUUUUAGAAGAAGAAUAAAGUAAGCUAACGAGUUGUGAUGAUAGGGGAAUAUUUGGACUUGGAACACAGCCUGUGAAUUACUCGACCCUAGGAAAUAUUUCUGCGCCAAGUUACAUCACAACAUUGAAAGACCAAAAUCUCAUUCCAAAUUUAGGAUGGAGUUAUACAGCAGGAGCUCCUUACCGUGAGUGCUAUCUCAGUAGACCCAAUUUGCCGCUCUUCGUUUCUCAAUUAUGAGCCUUCCAAGACCUCCUUCGAAUAUUUCAUGUCACUAACAUAAAUCUCUCCCAGGAUUAAAAAAGGUUCUUGGUCAACUCAUCUUUGGAGGCUACGACACCUCCCGUCAAAUCCUCAACACAGCAUCCUUCGACUUAGCCCAAGACCAAGACCGGGACGUCGUAGUUUCAAUCCAAGAAAUCGUUGCCUACCGUGCAAACCAAACAACCCUCCUCCCCUCUCCAAUCUAUGCAUUUAUCGACUCAACCGAUCCCCUAAUUUGGCUUCCCGACUCCGCAAUAAAGCUGUUCGAGCAAGCAUUUUCACUAAAACUCGAUGAAGCAUCGAAUCGAUAUCUGAUAACCGAGAGUCAACACGCGGAAUUAGUCGCUAUGGAUCCCUCAGUCACGUUCAGGAUAGCGAAUAGUUUGACAGGAGGGGAAGUCGUGGAUAUCAAGUUGCCGUAUUCGGCUUUUGAUUUGUGGCUUGAUUGGCCAUACGUUGCGAAUAAGACGAGGUAUUUUCCGUUGAUGAGGGCGGAUAAUGAGACGCAGUAUACGCUGGGGAGGACGUUCUUGCAAGAAGCGUGAGUUCUCCCAGACAUCUACGGUUACUUUUGCCAAUAAAACUGACCUUUAAUACAGAUACUUGACUGUAAACCACGAAUACCGGAAUUUCACAGUUUCACAAUGUGCAUGGACCGAUGAGGCACUCACACCUAAUAUCAAAUCUCUCCCAUCAAAACCAAAUCCCAUCGACCCAUCUUCAACGGUAAUACCACCAGGUGGCAACACGCCCUCUAACUCAACAGAAAACUCACACAACCUCCCAACCGGAGCAAUAGUAGCAGUAAUAAUUGGCGGCAUCGUCCUCCUCCUCGUAUCAUCCCUUGCAAUCUGGCUUCUUAUCACCAGAAAACGCAAGGCAAAGCCCGUAGCAGACACAAACUCAUCCCUAGACAUCGACAAAGCUUCACUCCCUCCAGAACCCCCAUCCGAACUAACCGGCUUCUCCAAAGCCCACGAGAUAAGCGACGAAAACUCCUGCAUCACAACUGCAGAACUCUCCGCUGGACAGCACUCCAACUCCUCACGGCAAGAACUGCACACCACCUCUGUUCAGCGAAGCGAGUUAGAGCAUUCACGCAGGAGUGAAAUAGGGGACUCUUUACACUCGCCUAGAAGCGAGUUAGAACAUUCGCCCAGAAGUGAACUAGGUUCUCCAAACUCACCCAGGAGCGAAUUAGAACAUUCACCAAGCGAACUAGGAUGCCCACAUUCGCCUAGAAGCGAGCUAGAACAUUCCCCUGCCUCUCAGGGCAAUUCUCAGAGGAGUCUGGGCCACAAUUUGAGUCCCGCGAUGUUACAUGGGAAUUCGAGUGGGCGACUGAGUAUGGUUUCUUCGUAUAACGGGAGUUCGGAGGCGGUUGUGGAUAACAAUCACUCGACUCCUGCCAGUGCUGGGUACGGGGUAACUGGAAUAGGAAGAGUAUACCCGGGUGAUGAUGGGAGGGAGAUAUCGGAAUUGAUGGGGAGUGAGGUGCCGCUUGCGCAGUUGCCUUGAGGGGAGGUUUUAGUCUGGAGGUUUGUCUAGCUGACGACGAUGGACGGGAGAAGUACUGUAAGUGCUGUGAUCUGUGAGGGCUAAGGUCGAGGACAUAAGGAGCA